AUGUCUUUCUCAUUCGGCUUUAGCGGCGACGAUAUCGAGGGCGAGGGAGAUGCCACAGAGCAUGAGGCUCUCACUAGCCAAAUCUCCCAGUAUACGUUAUCCGACUCUGUCAAGUCCCCAGCACAUAUUGCUGUCCAACCAGAGAGACAUUCGCUGGGAGAAUUGCUAGCGUCACUGCCAUCCCAGAUAUCAUACAGCAAGCUGCAUAUACCCAGUCCCGAAGACCAUGGCCUCACCAACAACCAAUCCAACAACAACAACAAUAAUAAUGGAGUCCAGACCACGCUCUACCGUCGCUCGGUGUUUGACAUCCGCGCUCAACUCAUGGCCGAGGCGAACCCGUCCGCCGCCGAAGAAGAGGAUACCGCCAAAACGCUCCUCUCGGGCCUAGAAAGUGGUGACCUCGCCUCAGGCGUCUAUGAAGGAGGUUUCAAGACGUGGGAAUGUGCGCUUGACCUGGCCUCCCUCGUCGCCUCCGAAUCAGAUUUCGUCCUUCAUCACCGGAAUCAUCCUGGUCAGGAGGAGGAGGAUUGGGAGGUUGUCGAGCUCGGCGCGGGCAGCGCUGUGCCGACUCUGGCGCUCAUUACAAAGUUCCUAGAGCGGAGGAAAGGGCAAUCACCACAAAGUGGGAGUCUCAAAGUGACGUUAUGCGACUACAAUGUGGACGUUCUACGACUGGCCACGGCGCCCAACGUGCUCCUGAAUUACCUGUUCGCUUCGGCGAAAGUGUCCCCGUCCCUCGAUGAUGAGGGUAGCUGGGACGGAGGAGAUCUCGACCUGGAAGAACUAGGAGGCGACUCCUUUGUGAACAGCACCCUCCAGGACAUCGCUUCCAAGAACAUAUCAUUCGAUUUCAUAUCGGGAGGAUGGGGCCCAGAAUUCCUCGACCUCAUCAAUCGACCGCCGUCACCGUCAGCGCGCGACUCACAAGAAACGGACCAGAACCGCCGACCACCCACGAACCUACUCAUCCUCGCCUCCGAAACAAUCUACUCGCCCUCGUCUCUCAAAUCAUUUUCAGAAACCGUCCUCAGCCUUCUCCUCCGGACUUCUUCCCAUUCCCAUAGAUCUGGAACCGGCACCGGGAAGGGAGAGGCCAUUCCGGAGCCCAAGGCCUGGGUCGCCGCAAAAAGAGUCUACUUCGGCGUUGGGGGCGGUGUGGAUGAGUUCGUCAGGGAAAUGGACAGGCUCGGCGCGACGAGUCGCGUGGUUAUGGACAUCAAGGACGCUGGGGUCGGGAGGGUCGUGUUGGAGGUCACGCUCUCGGCGCCUGCUUCGGAGGAUAUUACUGCUUCUACAUAA